AUGAAUAUAUCUUCGAAAACUGGUUUGAUUGCAAGCCCUCGGAAGCGAAUUAUUCGUCCAAAACCAGAGUUUGAUCCAGCUAUUUUAGCACCGUGUGCGAUUACUCGGCAAGUUCCCCUGGCGCUGCGCCCUUUUGGUGGAUUAUAUAAUCCAUACUCUAAGGGAUGUUCUGUUCUGUGUAAUCAUCCGGCCGCCCAAGAGGUUAAAAACGUAGUUAGACUAGCCAAAGACGCUUGGAUCAACGAAGUUAGGACUGUACACAAUGAGAAGUUGGCUCGGAAGGCUGAUGGUCCUGAUCGUAUGCUGUCCAAGGAUUCCGAUCUACCGGAGCACGUACCGGAGGAGUUUUUCCGACGAUAUACAGAUACCGAUUCUCGACCAUUGACUCCAACACCUACCGUUGCUAGUGGACGAACCCGAGCGAGUAUAGGAGGUUCCCAUAUGACACGACGCUGUGUGACACCGGAGCCGCAAACCCAAAAUUUGCAAGAACGGAAACAAUUGAUUUUGGAUCUGCGACGAAGUCAUAGUCAGGAAACGCUGUACUGGAAUGCUUCAUCGGAAUUAUCGCCUAGCCAGCUGCAAGAUCCUUCCUGGAUGCAGCAUCAUUGCCAAGUUCCGCAAACCGUUGACGAAGAACGUGUUCUUGGGGAAGAAGCAGAAUCGGACAAAGAAGGAGCAAAACCUACUCCAAUGACCUGUAUCAAUGCAAUGGAAGAUGGCGAGGAAGAUCCUCCAAGAAGACGGGGAAAAAGACGAAAAAAGUCGAAACAAUUAACGCAGACUAUUAGUUUUACACCAAAUCAAGAUCCGGAGACUCAAGUUGCUACGAUCGAACCGGACUCUCCCAACUAUUCCACACGCCCUUCUCUGAUACCGACCGGUCGAAGCCUAUUUAGCUCGACAGAGACACUUCCGAAGGCAACCAUGGAAGAACCUGUCGAAUACAUCGAGUGUUUCCUAGAUGAUGAAGCACUUUGUUUACUAAGACGUGGUUUGAAUAUCGAUAUUGUAGAAGCAGUAUUUGAUCGCUAUAAAUCCCGCGCCAUGAUGGAAGCAUUCCGUACGGCCACUAUUGAUAAACUGAACUUUCAAACAACAGCCGUUAAACAGCUUCAAGAUACCAUGGAUAUACACGACAUAGAUCACGACAAAUGGAUCGACUUACCCCGUAAAUACUCCAGAUCAUCGGCCCGUUUCGAGUUGCCGAUGGACACCAGAACACUUUCAACGAUGACCCCUAUCGAGUACCUCAAACGCCAUGUGGUACUUUGUGACGACCGCAAGAAGCUGUACCACCGAAUAUUCGUUCGAAACUUGCCGGUCGACGAUACCCAAGCAGUACAAGAAUCGUUCGACAACGACUCCAUCCCUGAAAACGAAACUCGUAUCCCAAUCGAGGGCAUCCGCAAUCUGCUUGCCGAUGUCACCCGUGUCAUCCCAAUGAUAAACUUCGACAAAGCUAUGCAUGAAGCACUCGGAUUUCAUGGCACAUCCGAGAAGAUUUACGAAAUACGUGAUCUGUUGGAAUUGAAUUAUGAGUACUACCAAGAAAUACCAAUCGAUUUCCGAUCCUGGUGUGGAAUCGUGGCCUUCGCUGAGCGGUACAUCAUCACGCACAAUCGUAAUUCCGAUCCAUGCAACGAGUUGGAAAUGGUUGAUUUUGAGUCGCUCGAACGUCGCAUUCGGUCUUCGAAGCCAUCGGAAAAUCUGGAAAAGGUAUUGCGUAUCAUUAAAAAUAAUUAA